UGAUUGGUCUAGAGUAUGGUCUACUGCGCAUCUGGUUACUUGUUUCACCUUUCUUCUUACAUCAUAGUUCACCUUGCAUGUCUGAGAGAACACCCCCUCUUGCCUAAAGCAGGACUUUAUGCUCCGUCUCUCUAUUCCUAAGUUCGUGGUCUGAACUGAACUGAACUCCACGGAAUUAAAAAAAGGACGAAUACUAUUAAUAUUAAGAAAAUGGAAAAUCCAAAUCAGGUUAGGGAAAUAAAGGAUAUCAGUUAAAUGCCCUUGUUACGUAAGGUGCUGCUGAGGUUGACGAUCCUAGUGUUACUUUUGGUAGCAUUUUACUGCUAUCAAACAUCUGAUGGAGGACACUGGAUCGUGUUUAACCUGCAAACGAGAAAUGCGAGUCUGGCAAAUCUCACAGCUACCUCGGCAGCAACCACUUAUUCCAUCAAUUAUUUGCCUUCAACAGUGAGCAUUUCGCCACGAAAUGAGACGAAUUAUUACAACGUAUGGUGUAUUUUUACCAAAGUUGCCUCAAACUCGCCCAUGAAGCACAAGUUUCAAAUAUUCACGGAUUCCUUGUUAAGAUUUGCUUCCAUAGAUAUUACCUUUCAUGUGAUAAGCGAUGAUGACAGUCGAGAUAUAGCUGCAAUUGUCAUUCAAAACGUUAUGGUUAACACUGGAAAAUUUAUGGAAGUAUUUUAUUACAAUGUACACAAACUAGCUGCACAAUUGGAGGAUAUUGUAUCUGUCAUGUCACCGCAUUUCAGCAGCAAACCAGGGACCUAUUAUUCUGAUGCAUUGUUUUUUAUUUCACUGGGCUUACAUAGAAUUGCACCCAGCCAUCAGCGAUUUGCUGUGAUGUUUGAUGCGGAUACCAAAUUUCGUAAAGAUGUGAAGGAUCUGUUCGAAGAAUUUAACAAGUUUGGAGAGAAAGCUCUGUUUGGCUUAGCUCCAGAGCUCACACCAGUUUACCGACAUGUUUUGUACUUAUAUCGCAAUAAACAUCCGACAACGAUGUUUGGCGAACCACGACAUAAAGGCGGAUAUCCCGGCUAUAAUAGUGGAAUGGUGCUCUUUAAUUUGGAAAGAUUACGGAAGUCACAUGUGUACAAUGAAAUUGUCAAUAAAGAUAGCGUGGAUGCUAUAACAGAAAAAUAUCACUUCAAGGGUCAUUUAGGUGAUCAAGAUUUCUACACGCUUUUAGGUAUGGAAAAACCGGAGUUGAUCCACACGGUUGAUUGCGGCUGGAACAGGCAACUAUGUACCUGGUGGCGUGAUCAUGGUUAUGCUGAUAUAUUCGCCAAUUAUUCAGAAUGUCAUUCAGAGACUAAGUUGUGGCAUGGAAAUUGCAAUACUCCUAUACCUAACGAUUAAUGAUUUGUUACCUUUAUGGUACAAAAAGUAUCAGACAUAAAUUUGUCUCCUACUUCUUAUUUUUUAGAUCUAAGAAAAAUGGUGCUAAGAAACAGAAUUACCACAAACUGAAAGCAUCAAGGGAUUUAAAUAAAAUAACAUGGCGUACAUUAAUUAGUGUACUCUCAUAUGUAUCCAUAAUUUUAAGAUUUGUUUUAUAUUUUCUUAAGCUGUGAUUUUUAUUGCAAUAUACAUUUUUAUGUUUUUUUUAUAACAAUGUACUUUUAUAUUAGCAAUGUAUCUAUUUUUUGUAACGAAUAACUUCUGUUGGUGUACUAUGUUUUACACUUAAAUAUCUAGGAUAAGGUCUAAAUAAGUUCCAAAGAAUUACAUGGAACACAUAAUGACAUAUAUUAAACAUUAAAUCAGUAUUAUAAUUAGAAAAUAAUUGUUAUUAGACCUUAUUUAGACCUCAAUAUAAUAAAACUAUUAAUACCGUUAAAUGUUACAAAUGGACGACAUAAAAUGACUAAGAUUGUAGCUAUACGAAAUUUAUUAUAGCUUUAAUUGCAUGUUUGUUAUAGUAGAGAAGUGUACUUGUGUACAUGUUGGAAAGUAUACAUUACAUUUGCGCUUAUUUUGAUUAAUAAAAUCCAUUGGCCGAA